AUGGUUAAAGGACACAAUAGGAGUGCCCAGGUCCUGGGACUGGAAAAGUUCCAUGGGGAGGACUACACCAUGUGGCGAGACAAGGUGCUAACGCACAUAGAGACGCUGGAUGAGAAAUACCAGCGAGGGUUGUUGGAAAAGGACCAACCUGAGGCUACGGUUAUCAUGAUGGACUUCCUUGAGGGUACGCCUGAGAAACCCAUCAUUUCGGUGGAGGGGAAUAUUUCUCAAGAGGAGGCGAAGGCCAAGCGUUGGCGCCACCAACACUGGACUAGGGCUCGGUCCGAGCUGUUGAACUUAUUCAACCAAGCGUUGCCUAACGUUUUCUUGAGUGGGCUGCCGGAUCAAGUUACGGGCUCGGGGAUGCAGGAGGCGUAA